AUGAAAAUAUUAACAACAAUUUUAUUUUUAUUUAUUUUUUAUUUUGGAAAUUUCAGUAAUUCCCAAUUCGCGCCAUUAUCACCCGAGUCAACCAUACAAGCUUCAGUAGUUAAUAUUAACCCAACUUAUGUUUAUUCUCCAGCUUCGAGUGAACACUCUUAUUGCCAAUAUAAAAGUUACCAAAUUUAUAUAACAGCUCAAAGUGGUUUUUCAAUUACAGGUGCAAUCACUAAUAAUACAAAUUUUUCUAUUGAAAAAGAAUUUCAAAAAGAAAAUUCCUAUAUGUUUAUUCUUGCAACACAAUAUAAUCAAAACUUUGGAAUUAAUUAUCAAGUAAUAACAUUUUCAACAAAUGAUACAAUUGACCACACAUAUCAAUUAACAUUAACUUGUAAUGAUUUCCAAUUCGAUAAAUUAAAUAUUAGUGAAUAUUUAACUCCAAUUUACCUUUAUAGUUCUUUCUUAUACUACAUUUCACUUACUGGACUUGAAAAAUCUGACCAAGCAGUUGGAAUAAGAUUAAAGAAUUCCUAUGGUUCUGUAAUAGUAACAGGUGAAUCGCGUUUUAAUUAUUUGCUGCAAAUUUAUCAAUUCAAUCAACAAAAUAUUACUGAUGAUUUAGAUGUAACAUUUGAUUUUGGUAAUGAUAGAAAUAUUUCUUUUAAAUUAAAAUCAUAUUAUAGUCAAUUCAAUCAAGUUGAUUUACCAACAAGUCAUAUAGAAACAUUUUAUCCACCAGAAAUAUUAUCAACAGAAUAUAAUUUUAAUCAAUUUGGGUCUAGUUGUAAUCCAGUAGUUCAAUCAACAAUCAAUACAAAUAUAGCGAGACCAUAUCAAUAUUAUUUCUUUAUGUAUUCUCCUAUAUAUAGUCUUCCAAUUAAAGGUACAAAAGGAAAUAUGACAUAUAUUGGUUCAAUUAUGGGAGGUAGUACACUUGUAACUGCAAAUGGAUAUAGCUCUAUUGAUUCAACAGUAUAUAACCCAAAUAUCACAGAUUUAAAUAUACCAAUGAUGGGACCAACUUCAACUUAUUUAUCUCAAGAAAAUACUGAAGCUCUAAUAAAUUCUCUUAGUUUUUACAAUGGAUAUCAAUAUCAAGGUACUGAUUUAUUUUUAUAUAUAUAUGGGGUUACUGUAUAUCAAAGUUGGCCAUAUGGUUUUUAUUCAGGUAAUAACGCAAAUUAUGAAUUCAAAACUUCAUUUAAUAGAUUAAAGGAAACUUCUCCAACUGCUUCAAAUUAUUUUUAUAUAGGCUCUUCCUCAUCGAAUAUUGAAAUUUAUCAAAGUUUAACAUUUCCAACUAAAGUUUCUACACCACCUCAAUUAAUAUCAUAUAGAUAUACCAAGGUAUCAGAUUAUAUGUAUAUAUUAAGUUUAAAAAUUGAAAGUUCUUCUGGUGUUAGAUCCAUUAAUACUUACUCACCUUUAAAUGCUUUUGGUUCAGGAACAUUAGUUAGUGGUACAAUUUACGAUGGUGUUUUUGAAAUAGUUGGUACACCCGAUCAACUUCUUUAUGUUUCAAUUUAUGAUCAAUUGGGAAAUGGUAAAGAUUAUAACCCAGGUGAUGUAAUUUCUAUAGAUCCUUUAGUUAUUUUCGAUUUACCACUAGAAAUCAAAUUUGUAUUAAAUAUUACAAACUUUAACAUAACAUUUUUAAAGAAUAAUUUAGAUUUGACAGAUAAUUCUUAUAAUAUUAUGUAUAUUGAUUUUAAUGAUUAUGUUCCAAUUAAAAAAUCAUUAUCUUUAUUAUUAAUUGAUAUUAUUUCAUUCCCAGUUGAAAGAGAUAGUAGUGAUUCCGAUGGAAUGAUUGUUAAGCUUCCAUUUAAAUACAAUGCUCAAACUAAAAAGUAUGAAUGCAAAUUCAUUGUACCAAAGAAUAAUAUGUUUGGAAAAAUUCUAUAUACAGUAUUCUAUGGAAAUCUAUUGGGUAUACAUAGUAAUGAAUUAAUUGAACCUUUAAUUGCAAAUAAUACAAUACUUGAUAAUCAAGGUCCAUUAUUUAGUUCAUUUGAAAAAAUUGGAAAUGGUUCAAUAAUUUCAACAACAGGUACAAUUGGCUGGAGAUUUAAUAUUACAGAUGAUUUAAAUGGGUUUGAAAGUGGUUAUAUUAAAGUAAUGGGUUCGAUUGAUAGUUCAACUUAUCAUUUCAAUUUUACAAUUGAUGAUGUAAUUGGUGAUAAAUUCAAUUGCCAAUAUCAAAUUUUAAUUAAUAUUACUCAACCAUGUAUAUCACAAGAAUAUAGAAUUAUUAAGGUUAUAUUAUUUGAUACAAAUAAAAUAGCUUCAAGAUUUUAUUUAUAUACACCUAUACUUGCAAACGCAGCAAUACUUAAUCCAUUCCUCAAUUUAUUAAAUAAAGGUAUUGAUAUUACAAUUGUACCAUUUGAAUGCUCAGAUUCAACAUUAGUAGAUUCAAAACCAAGCUUAUUAUCAUUUACACCAUCAACAUCAGUCAUUGACGUAGGUGCAACAAAUAGAACAAUCUCAUUUGAUUUUUCAUUUGGUACAAGUACAUCUACAAUAAAACAAGAUCAAUUACCAAUUGUUUAUAUAAAUUCAUUAUUUUCUGGUUUAGUUGAAUGUAGAGAUACAAUAUUAAUAUCAUAUAAUAAUGUUGAGGUUGUUUAUAAAUGUUCAACAGAAUUACCAAUUGGCUUUGGUUAUCCAAAUCAAUUGAUUUUUUCAAUAUAUGGUAUUGUAAAUAAUGGUGGUUACUUUUAUGGUUAUACUCCAAAGGAUUUAUCUACAGUUACUUCUGGUUAUUACGCAAAUACUACAUACUCAUUUAAUCAACCUACUAUUAAAUCAACUGAUAGAUUUUAUUCAGAUGAUAAUGAUUUGGUUCUAUAUGGUAGAGGUUUUUCAAAUGUUAUUCAAGUUAAUAUUGUUUAUAGAGAUGGUACAUUAGCACCUCAUUCAUUCCCACCUUUAGUAGUUUAUGAAUCAUCAGCAAUUAAAAUAUCUGGAAUUAAAUCAACUAAUAAACCUUUUGAUAUUACAUUUUCAACAAGUGAUACAUUAACAUCAAACAUAUAUACUGUUAAUCCAAUUUAUUUUAAUGCAACUAUCCCACCAACACCUACUGAAUCUCCUUCACCAACACCAACCACAACCACAACACCAACCACAACACCAAUACCUACAACAACACCAAUUCCAACCAACCCACCACAAAAAUGUCUUGGUAAUCCAGAAUGUGGUGGUAAAACUCAAGGUUUUUGUUCACCAACAGGUUGUAUCUGUUAUUCACCUUGGAUUGGAACAACUUGUACUUCUCAAAUUAUUAUUGUACCACAACCAUCAAUUAAUACAACAAACCCAAAUGUUGAAAUACCAACAGAUAAUAUUGGUCAAUCAUCAGAAACAAAUAGUGAAGAAUCUCAAAAAAUGAUAUUUAAAUCAUUAAUAUCAUUAGUAUCAUUAAGAGAAUUAGAUUUUAAUAAUAAAGAAGUAAAUAAUUAUAAAUUCGAUCAAUGGAUAUAUACACCAAUUAACGAAUUUAAAAAUCAAUACUUUACAACAGUAUCAAAUACAAAUAUAACAGCAACUUUAGAAUGGUUUAAUCAAAGUACUCCAAUUCAAUUUGCAAAUCAAAAUUUAACAAUGAAUCCGUCAAGUAUUAAAUAUACAAUUGAAAUUACAGAAUAUCAAUUUAAAAGUUCAUUAAAUCAACUUCAAUUAGUAAUGGCAGCAUCAUUAACAACAAACUCAAAUGAUAUUUGCACAUUAAACCAAUUUGGCAAUACAUCAACAGGUGAUGAUUCAAAUUAUUUAAAGAUUCAAAUUGAAAAUCAUUCACUUUACGGUAGAUUCAUUAAACGUGCUAUUAUUGAUAAUACUGUUAAAAGUAUAAGCAAUGUUUUAUUAGAUUCAUCAUUAAAUGUAAUUGAUAGUUCAUCAUCAUCAUUACAAUCAUUUAUUGGUAUUACAAUUCCAAAUUAUAAAAACUCAAUAGUUGUUGAUCCAGAUUUCUCAGUACUUAUCGAUAGUAAAUCAGCCUCUGAUGAAGAUGAUUCAGUUUGUACAAAAAAUAAUUCUGGUUUAACAACUGCUCAAUUAGCUGGUAUUAUUGUUGGUUCAAUCGCUUUCGCUGCUGUAAUAGUUAUCGCUACUGUCUAUGCUAUCACAAAAAGCAAAAAACAAAAGAAAUUCGAAAUGUCAAUCAAUAAUAAAUUGAAUAAAUUGAAUAAUAAUAAAUAA